CAUCAAGUUCAGCGACAGAGUUUCAAGAAAGUGCGCUGCGUGUGUGACUGCGAACUGGGUGCUGCGAUGUGUGAGUGAAUGCGUUCUUGUUGACUUUGUCACAAAAUUGAAAAGCGAUUGAUGAAUGUGAAUGUGCUAUCGAGUUAACCGGGAGAACAACAGACAAACGAGCGGAAAGGAAAGGCGCGAAGAAAGAUACACUCUGACGAUUAUACGUUGCCGGACCACGCAAAAUCAUCACCAAUCAUCGGGGGCGUGUGUGAGGACGUGUUGUGUUACCGCUCGUUCUCCCGUUCACCAUUUUACCUGAACUGGUGAAGAGAUAUUGCACCCACCGGAACAACCAGUGUAAUCGGCGGUGUGCCAUCCGUUCCGUUCCUUGUCCUAAGUCUAUUGCAUCUCGGGAAACCGUGUGAACGAGUGUGUUGAGUGUGGCACGCAUCUGCAGCACCCAUGAAUGUGUGCGCGUGUGAGAAGUAUGCAAGUUUUGCUGUGUAGUAAUAAUGGUUGGUAUGUUUGAGUGAGAUUGUGCGAAUGUUUGCUGUAAACCGACGUCGGCGACGAGUAUACGUGGAGGAGAUUUGAAAACAGAGAGACCUCGAAUCUCCCAUAACUCUGUGCGGUGUGUGUCCUAUUCGUACGAGAAAAUAGCUCCGCUUCGAACAGCGCCCCAUCGAUCUUCAAAAGAGAGAACAAGACUGAUGAUCAACAUCUUCUAUGUUUUACUUACCUGGGUAACGGUGCAAAAGAGAGAGAGAGAGAUCUUAUUUAAUAAGCCCCAAUCGCAAGGAUAAUAACAACCACUGCAGGGGUGCGUAAACCACGCAAUUUACUGAUAAGGCAACUAGAACGGACAAUACCCAAAUCAGUGCAUCCUUUCAACGAACAACGAACCAACCUCCACCACCAUUACCAACACCACCAUCCCCCCACUGUCGUCACCCUGCAGCGGAACUGUAGAAUGAUCGUCUCCUCGACUGAACGAGGGUGAAUGCGGAAGGAUGAAUGCGUAACCAAGGACGACGUCAAGCAAAUCAACAAUCUCGACUGAUUUGAGAAUGUUGUCGGAAGGACUGUUUUUUCAAGGGACCAGCAGCACAGUAAGCGUGUAAGGAACGAGUGAACGAGAGUGUGCAAGAAGCGCAUUUUUAAAGGAAAAAUUUGCUGAAAUUGUUUAAACCUUUUUUUGCCGUCAACAUAACCGACGUUAUCGUAGACGAAAAGUUGGAAAAAAUAAGCUCGCCCAACGCUUACUUUGAACAAAUCCUCGAGGUGUGUGGUAUUGUAUAUACACAACAGCGUGUGGAUAGAAGCGUGCAUGUGUGUGAAUGCGUUGAAUAUUAAAGCGGACUGUUUGUGGUGAGAGAGUGUGAAAGAUUAUUGUGAGAACGACGCAAUUGCAUCAAUAAAAGUGUCCAGUUGGAUUGUCUCAACUCUACAGUCAAGCGAAUCGAGUGCACGGCGGGAACGAUGGCUAUUCCAAUGAUACGCCUCGACGAGGCGAACCAAUUGUUGGACUUUUCGAAAAAGCUUGACAUUGACCUGCUGGACAACAUCGUCUCAUGCUUGUACAAUAGCACCGGCGAACAGCUGCGCCUCGCUCAGACGGUACUGACGACACUAAAGGAGCACCCGGAUGCGUGGACGCGCGUUGACAGCAUACUGGAGUUUUCACAGAACCAGCAGACGAAAUUCUACGCACUGCAGAUCCUGGAGGAAGUGAUCAAGACGCGCUGGAAAAUUCUGCCCCGCAACCAGUGCGAAGGCAUCAAGAAGUAUGUGGUGGGACUGAUCAUCAAGACGUCACAGGAUCCGGCAAUGAUGGAAGCGAACAAGGUUUACCUGAACAAGCUAAACAUCAUCCUGGUGCAGAUACUGAAGCGCGAGUGGCCAAACAACUGGGAAACGUUCAUCAGCGACAUUGUCGGCGCGUCCAAGACCAACGAGACGCUGUGCCAGAACAACAUGAUCAUCCUGAAGCUGCUCAGCGAAGAGGUGUUUGACUUUUGCUCGGGCCAGAUCACGCAAACGAAGGCAAAACAUCUGAAGGACACCAUGUGCUCGGAGUUUGCGCAGGUCUUCACGCUGUGCCAGUUUGUGCUGGAGAAUUCCCUGAACGCGCCACUAAUCUCGGCGACGCUGCAGACGCUGCUAAAGUUUCUCAACUGGAUCCCGCUCGGCUACAUCUUUGAGACGAAGCUUAUCGACAUGCUGGUCUGUCGCUUUCUGACGAUACCGAUGUUUCGCAACAUCACGAUCAUGUGCCUGUCGGAGAUUGCGGGCCUGCAGCUGCCAAACUACGAUCACGUGUUCAUUGCCUUAUUCAAGCAGACGAUGGAGCAGUUUGACACGAUGAUACCGCCGAACACGAACAUGAACCAGAUCUACAUGAACGGGUCGGACGACGAGCAGUGCUUCGUGCAGAACCUGGCCAUGUUCCUGUGCACCUUUUUGCGGGUGCACGCGACUCUGGUGGAGAAGCGGGACACAAUGGAGGUGGUGCUGAAGGCGCUCGACUAUCUGGUAAUGAUUUCCGAGGUCGAGGAUGUGGAAAUCUUCAAGAUCUGCUUAGAGUACUGGAACAGCCUGACCGGCGAACUGUACAAAGAGGCGCACACCUCCAGCCAGCGGCGCACCUUCUACCACAAGAUCCUGUCGAAGGUGCGUUACAUCAUGAUUUCACGCAUGGCCAAACCGGAGGAGGUGUUGGUGGUGGAGAACGAGAACGGCGAGGUCGUACGCGAGUUCAUGAAGGACACAAAUAGUAUUAAUCUGUACAAGAAUAUGCGCGAAACACUUGUCUACCUGACGCAUCUCGACUAUGCCGACACGGAGCGCAUCAUGACGGACAAGCUAAACAACCAGGUGAACGGUAGCGAGUUUUCGUGGAAGAACCUAAACACGCUCUGCUGGGCGAUCGGUUCCAUCUCCGGCGCGUUCUUCGAGGAGGACGAGAAACGCUUCCUCGUGACGGUCAUCAAGGAGUUGCUGGGGCUGUGCGAGCACAAAAAAGGCAAAGACAACAAGGCUAUCAUUGCGUCCAACAUAAUGUACGUGGUCGGACAGUAUCCACGCUUUUUGCGGGCUCACUGGAAGUUCCUCAAGACGGUCGUGAACAAGCUGUUCGAGUUUAUGCAUGAAACGCACGACGGUGUACAGGACAUGGCCUGUGAUACUUUCAUCAAGAUAGCGCUCAAAUGCCGCCGGCACUUUGUCCAGCUACAACCAAACGAAUCCUGCACCUUCAUCGAGGAAAUUCUGGCAACGAUGAGUAGCAUCAUUUGCGAUCUACAGCCUCAACAGGUUCAUACGUUUUAUGAAGCGGUCGGUUACAUGAUCUCUGCUCAGGCCGACCAGGUGCAGCAAGAUAUUCUGAUCGAAAAGUAUAUGAUGCUGCCGAAUCAGGUUUGGGACGAUAUCAUCUCACAAGCGACCAAGAACGUGGACAUAUUGAAGGACAUGGGCGCAGUGAAGCAGCUCGGCAGCAUACUUAAAACGAAUGUACGUGCUUGUAAAGCUCUGGGCCAUUCGUACGUUUCGCAGCUUGGGCGCAUCUAUCUCGAUAUGCUGAACGUGUACAAGAUAAUGUCGGAAAACAUUACGCAAGCAAUUUCGCUGAACGGACUGUCGAUCAACAACCAGCCGCUGAUAAAGGCGAUGCACGUCGUGAAGAAGGAAACGCUGACGCUCAUCUCGGAGUGGGUAUGGAAGUCGAACGAUCCGAAGAUGGUGAUGGAAAAUUUCAUUCCGCCCCUGCUCGAGGCAGUGCUGUUCGAUUAUCAGCGCACGAAGGUCCCCAAUGCACGAGAACCGCUUGUGCUGAGCACGAUGGCAUCGAUUGUGAACCGGCUGCAGGCUGUGAUCACGCCAGAGAUACCAAAAAUCUUUGACGCGCUGUUCGACUGCACGCUGGACAUGAUCAACAAAAACUUUGAAGACUACCCACAGCAUCGCACGAACUUCUACGAGCUGCUUCAAGCGGUCAACAUGUACUGCUUCAAAGCGUUCUUGAGCAUUCCGCCCGAACAGUUCAAGCUCGUGUUUGAUUCCAUCGUGUGGGCGUUCAAGCAUACGAUGCGAAACGUGGCCGACACUGGCUUAAACAUACUUAUGCAGAUGCUGCAAAAUCUCGAACAGCACCCGCAAGCCGCGCAAAGCUUCUAUCAAACUUACUACACGGAUAUCCUGAUGCAGAUUUUCUCCGUUGUAACGGAUACGUCGCAUACGGCAAGCUUGCAAAACCAUGCCACGAUCCUGGCGUACAUGUUUUCAUUGGUGGAAGCCGGUCGCAUUACGGUCAAGCUCGGACCCUCGGACGAUAACGUGCUAAACAUUCAGGAGUAUGUGGCGAUGCUGCUCAAGUCCGCUUUCAGCCACCUGACCGGCAAUCAGAUCAAGAUAUUCGUCACCGGCCUGUUUAACCUUGACCAGGAUGUACACGCAUUUAAGGAGCAUUUACGAGAUUUCCUGAUCCAGAUUAAGGAAGUGACCGGUGAAGACGAUUCCGACUUGUACCUGGAGGAGCGGGAGAACGAGCUGAAAAAAAUACAGGAAGAAAAACGACGCAUGCUGAUGACGGUUCCGGGCAUGAUGAAUCCGCACGAAAUGCCGGAGGAUAUGCAGGACGAAUAGACAGAUGACGGCGCUGCAAAAUGUACAGGGAGAAAAGGUACCGCCGCGAUUUCGCUGUCUGUCCCCCCGACUUCCCUCCUUCAUCCACCCAUCCUUCUUAUUUUCCAUCUUGCAAUGGCUAAGCAACUACUGCAGGGAUAUCUCUCUCUCUCUCUCUCUCUCUCUCUCUUUCUCUCUUGCAAUUCUCAAUUGAUCGUGAAAAAACAACAACCACACACCUGUGUUUCACCAAGCAAAGUGAUGCCGUAGGUAACCUCUCGUUAUAAGGGAAUAUCAUCGAGAAAUGCACGAGAAAAGGAGGGGGACGGGCGAUAUCGCAAAUAAUAAGUGUGUGCACUAGUGACAAAAGUAGGCCUUGAAUUAGGAAAGCGCGAUCUCUAAGGACAUUAACAGGACAGGACGGCUUACGCUGAUGAUGAUGAUGAUGAUGAUAGAAUCGAUAAGCGUACAACAACACUAAACCCAUGUGAGAAGAGAGGAGGAUAAACAGCAGGUGUGCGCAUAGAA